CGAUAGAAAGAUCUUGCUUGUCGAUUUUCGAUACACGAUUGCCGACAUGAUGUCGGAACUGACAUUAAAAGUGUUUGUAGACAAUCAUUCUUAUCAAGUGGAGUUGGAGAAUGAAGAAAACACAGCCGGCUACGACGGAAAUGACUAUUACAUCGAGUCGGACGAGGAGUGCGGGCCGGGCCGGGUGCGUCGCGCAGGCGUGGUCCAGUCGGGCGCGCGACCCCGCAGCCGUCGGCCGCGUGCCAUGGACGAGGGUCGAGUCAGAGACCGAGCGCCGCUCACGGUCAUAGUGGCUCCCAGUACCGCCUCGCCACCGAGACUGUCUCCCGCCGACCUCCUGCCCGAUGGAGAUGCAGCCUUCCAUCCUCUCUCCGCCGUCAACGGCCGCCUCACGCCGCCCGGGCUCGAGCCUGCUUCGUACGCGACCCUCACGCCGCUUCUACCCUUGCCACCCAUCAGCACCGUCUCCGAUAAGUUCGCAUACCACGCUGGCGGCACCUUCACGGUCAUCCAGCAGCAGCCUUCGUAUGCGUCGCUGUCUCCGGCGGCCUACAAUGAGCCCCUGUCGCCACAGUCGGCGUACAGCCGACGGAGCGUGUCCCCCAGCUCGUUCGAGCGACGGUCGCCGACGCCGCCGCUGCCGAGUCCGGGGCUGGACCUCAACGCUGCGCUGAUGGCACGCGAGGAUCAACAACAACAGCACCAGCAGCAAGUCAUUCAGAAUGACACUGAAGAGAUAAACACUAAAGAGUUGGCGCAGAGGAUAAGCGGGGAAUUGAAGCGGUACUCGAUCCCCCAGGCGAUUUUUGCGCAGAGGGUGCUGUGUCGGUCGCAGGGCACUCUUAGUGACCUCCUGCGGAAUCCCAAGCCCUGGUCCAAGCUCAAGUCGGGUCGGGAGACCUUUAGGCGGAUGUGGAAGUGGCUGCAGGAGCCAGAGUUCCAGAGGAUGUCCGCGCUCAGGCUAGCAGCGGCCCAGAUUCCACAGAGAGGCAGCUGCAAGCGCAAGGAGGACAUGGGCUCGGAUACCCUGCCUUCCCCGAAGAAGCCGCGUUUGGUUUUCACCGACCUCCAGCGGCGUACUCUACAAGCUAUUUUUAAGGAAACAAAAAGACCAUCAAAAGAAAUGCAAGUAACGAUAGCGAGACAACUAGGACUAGAGCCGACGACGGUCGGGAACUUUUUUAUGAACGCCAGGAGGCGGUCUAUGGACAAGUGGAAGGACGACGAUGCGCCGUCCACGGAGCUGGACCAGCAGUGCGAGAGCCAGGACAUGGAUCAGGUCCCGAGCUUGGACUCGGCGGACUCGGAGGAGGACGGCUGCGAGGAUCACGACGACCAUCUCUUGUGACGCCCUCUCUCGCACCAGCAGCUGUUAGUGCUGUAGAGUUGCUGGUAUCGGAUGUUGAGCCCCUCGAGCGCUUGGACUCUUGACGUCACGGAGGUUCUGUUAAUGUUCUGUUGACUGGUGUCAGUUCUUACUGUACUGGUUUAUGUGAUUUUAAACUAUCGUUAUUCAAAAACGCGUAUUUCAAAAGAAACGGGAUUUAAUCGCGCGAACCAGACGCUUGCCAUGUACGUUGGACUCUCGAAGUAAGGACGCGACCGACCGCUGCAAUGUACCAAGGCGAAAACACACAGAUCACAUCCGGAAGCAGCAGCAGUGAAGAUGCUCCCCACAUGUACUGUCAUAGUCAUUAACUAGUCAUUACGUUAAGAGAAAAAUACUUAAGUUAUUUUCAAUAAUUUUUUUGUUACAAUCUUCUUGAACGUUAUGAAAAUUAGUCAUAAAUUAAUAUGAGAACAGAAAAAUUGUGAUUAUAUAGACAUUCCAAAGAUUCGACAGGUCGAAGUGACGGCGUCAGGCUGAAAGUAAGACGUGAAUUGACGUCUGACUUGAAGUCUGAGCAAUAUAUACAAUAGCAACGAGCUUGGAGUCACAUUAGAUUCACCGCGCACUGGGUAGAUAGAGAGGGUACAUGAGGUGGUGGAUCGAUCCUAAGUGUUCACGAAUAAUGCCUCAAUAACGGUUCAGUCAGUGGCCAGAACAGUCCUUGCAUUAGCUUUGAAAAGCUCUUUCAGAAAAACUGAUCUUUAAACUAAGGUUAACUAACAUUUAAUGAAAUUUACUAACUAAUUUAAAACCGAAUCGAUUUUCAGUUUUUAUGAACGUUCGUCUUUUUUAAAAACGGUAUUCCGACGCAGUACCGUCAUUGUCAUGUAAUACCUGUUUUUUAUUACUCUAUCCUGCACAUAUUUAUAUCUCUACCACGUGUGCGGGUUGUGGAUCUAAUGUAGCUUUAUCUUGACUGUUAGCUCGGCGCUGUCUCCAUGUUUAGCAAUGGAUCUCUUUAUAUCAAGUUCUAGUCAGAACAAAUAAAUUAGGUUUGAUUUUUAGUAUAUUUUAAAUGUGUUUAUUAUUUAUUAGUGUUCGCGCAUGAUCACUGACAGACGCUUACAUUUACUAGACUUAUUGAAUUAGUGUGGUAAGACUAAAAUAUUUUAUCAUUUUAGAUUUGUUAAAAUGUGUUACCAGACUAUAAUAUUUUUUACAGAACUGUAAUAAUUAAGUUCAUUUUUUUACAGAUUAUUUAUUUUAAAUGUGCAAUAUUGAGUGAUGGAAAUCGUGAAAUAUAGCUAAUUAUCAAAGCAGCCAUGUCGUGGUCAAAAUUACGGUUGUUAAAACUAUGUAAGAAUCAUUACGCGAUUAUUGUUAGUACGGGAUGGCCGCAUUUUUUGAAAUAAGUCACCUUAAUUUCUUGAAGCGUGCGGUGGUGUGGCGCCAAAGACAGUUCAACAGUGUCAACAUGUCCUGGGUGAUCUUGAUCUGGAUGACUUAACUGUGCCCCUCACAUUAUCGAUCUCCACGCUCUACACCGCACCGGACCACAUGCUCGCAACGCGCGUCUUUUGAAUAAUUAGCUUAUUGCUGAAUUAGGCACAGACAAUAGAAGCAAUGAUAUGUCAUUUACUUGGUUCAAAUUUCGAAAUUUAAAAAAAAUGCGGCUACGCGCUGUUAAUAUCCACAUACAUAUGUAUUAUACCGUCGAAGCCUUUUCAAAAGCGUCUGUAAGCUCAAGUGACUAGAUAUAAUUAAAAGCUACGUAGGAAUUAUGUUUUGAACUUUAUAGAGAUAAUGUCCGAUAAAAUCGGGCCUUGAGUCUUUAGGAAUUCUGGUUUAUCUGAGUAUUGAGACGUUUUCUGGAAUAUGUGAGCUUUUUAUUAUUUUAGAUGGUCAGAAUAUCUCACGGCCUCCCUGAUGCUUAGAAGUUGUGAGAGCGCAACAACAUCACAGUGACCACCACGCAGUUAAUUUUGAGACAUGCAGGCGAAAUCUUGAUUUAAUUGCAUUAGCGAUUAACAUCAGCGGAGCCGUGAGCCACUCUGAACCGAGGUAAUAGCUAUCCACACAGUAUUGUAUCAUACAGUGGGCACUAUUAUAUUAUUUAGAACAAUUUUUUUAAUUUUAUUAUACAUAUAAUGUACUCUAGUCAAGUGAAUUCUAAACAUUCCCUUUGUUUAUACAAAAAUAUGUAUCAAUUCUUUUACGACAUUACAAACGUGCUGUUACUAAUUCCGACACACACGUUUUGCCUUUGGAAAACGAAAAAAAAAUAGACUACAAACAAUAUAUCUUUGUUACUACACGUUGUAGAUAUCUAUGGGCUCCAGUAAGCACUUAACAUCAGAUGGACUUUGAGCUCGUAUGUAAGCAAUAAAAAAUAAAUAAAUAAACUCUGCAUUUACAUGUUGUGUUGCAGUCCUUUUGAUCAUUUGAAUUGAAUGUGUCGUGAAUGAAAGGGCUGAAGACAAGAAAUGCUUGAAACCAUUUGAUGAUAUAACAUGAUGAUGCAUUAAGGCGUUGUCAGGGGAUUGGAGAUGGGAUUUGCAUCCGCAUAUUGGCCUUCAUAUGAAGUCGAAAAUUGGGCGCUAAUGUUUUUGUUUGCCGGACACAUACGUACGAUUGGAUCUCGUUUUUAAUUUUCAUCGGACCAUUCGUCCAGUUGUUAGAACAAUAUUCGAGACUUCGAAGAUUCUAAAAUAAAUUAAAAAAAAGUGGUUAUUCUAUCGAUCAAUUAAUCAAAAAUGUGAACAUUUUGUAAAUGAUAUUAUUUUAUUGAUGUUAAUGAUCAUGACUAGAAUGUAAAGUGGAACAGAAAAGCGCUUUUAAAUGAAAAUUUAAGGAAAGCUUCAUAAUGUGUUACAUUAUCAGUUAUAUCAAAACGGUGAAUUUCAUGAGCAAAUGACUUUUUGCAUUCAGAUGAAGUCUUAUUUUUUUAUUAACUAAAAUAGUUUAUGUUUAUUAGGUUAAAUUAAUGUAUUUUCAUGUUUAAUUUAAUAUUUAAAUGGAGGACAUAUUCAAAAUCUGACAGCGUUAAGAGAAAAUCCAAGUAAUCAUUCAUUUUAACAUUUACUAUAAAAGAAACAAAGUGUCUAAUCCAAACAAAAUAAUCAUUUUUUUUAAAUCUAGUCUAAUUUGUGCAAACCGUAAUCUUAAGUUUAUUAUAGUUUUUAAUUUAUUUAUUUUAAUUUAAGUAAAGGGUUAGCGAAGCGUUUUGUACCGCCAGCCACGAGUGAGAGCUCCGUGUUAUUGUUUUUAGUAAAGUAAUCCGAAAUACUUAUUGAACAUAUUUUGAUUUAUAGCAACUGAAAUAAGGGCCGUUUUCCAAUUACAGCACAAGAGCGCAUUAUGCGGCAUAAUGCUCAACUAAGCUUCAGCAUAAUUCGGCAUUGUGCGUCACUGAGCGCAGUUUUCCAAUUACAGAGCAUAAUGCGACUCAGUGACGCACAAUGCCGAAUUAUGCUGAAGCUUAAUUGGAACGUGAAUUAGUUUUCAAAUGCAUCAGCAGAGUGCGCUAAGUAGCACAAUUUUAAUUAACAUUGAUUAUUUCUAAGAAACUACGACGAAACGAAAGCCUUACAAUUUUUUUGAACAUUAAAUAAUACUACUAACGGUAAUAUAAACAAAAUUUCGAUCAAUGCCAACUUAAAGAAAAACACUUGUCAAUUUUCUGUCACUGAGUUGGUAUCGAUUGCGAGUAUCACGCGAGAGCAGUACUUUUGAGAGUGCUCGAUUGUGCGAAGCGUUGCUGUAGUUGGAACAUUCAACGUUGAGCAUUAUGCCGCAUAAUCUCUUGUGCUGUAAUUGGAAAACGGCCAAGAUUAGCCGCAUUCUGUCAUUGCUCUCAUAGGAAAAUUAUUGAAACCAUAUUUUUUUAUCUUGUAUUCCUAUAACAAUUUCAGAUACUAAAAUAAUUUGGUAUAAAUUCUGAAUACUUGUGUUCAGCUUCUGUUUAGUUGUUGCUAACGCUCCGCCUACUCUGUUUAAGUUUUAUAAUAAUUUAUUACUAAGCAACUUAAACUAGUCUGUGUAAUUACCACCAAAGAUGUUACGCGUGCAAUUUAUAUGUUAAGUAAACGAUAUUUUUGGAACAAGUCGCUGACUGAAUCACUUCGGACAGUGUGUGCUGUCAGAGAUAAUAAAACGAAGAAUGUAUUAGGGUAUUUUUUUAUUGCUUAGAUGGGUGGACGAGCUCACAGCCCACUUGGUGUUAAGUGGUUACUGGAGCCCAUAGUCAUCUACAACGUAAAUGCGCCACCCACCUUGAGAUAUAAGUUCUAAGGUUUCCGUAUAGUUACAACGACUACCCCGCCCUUCAAACCGAAACGCAUUAAUGCUUCAGCGCAGAAAUAGGCGGGUUUAUGGUACCUACCCGUGCGGAUUCACAAGAGGUCCUACCACCAGUAAUAAUGAACUAUGAAGCAUUUGUAGAGCAGGCAGUUUUGCUGCGACGGCUUCAAUAGAACAAUUUAAAUGACGAAGUAGUGUAUAAUUUUAAUAUGUGUAUGUAUUGUUACAGCUAACUGCGCUCAAUCAAACUGUGACUUAGCUCUUUCGAUCUCCGACCUGUCCCUGAGCUAACUUAACGCGCGGUUCCUUAAGUUGCCUUCUUUUGAAUUCAGUCAGCGACAUUUGUGUCUAGCUAAUCUAGAAAAAGAGCUUUCUCUGUGACACUCCACUAUACAGAAUGCGACAGUAUUAAUAGACAAUUCUUAAAGUAUUAUCGAAGAUUCUAUCUCCACCACAUUGAAAGUUAGAUAAGGACAAAAACAUAUUUUUUUUACUGUAAAUACAAUUAAAAAACGUGUUAUUCUGAAAUUAAAUUAUAUAAUUUUCGUUCAUAAUUAAAGUAUCGAUAGAUGAUACGUUUUUACCUUGAAAUUGAACUCGAUAUUGCGGAGAAGAUUGUCGUCAACACAAUCUGACGCAAAGUCGAGUUGUUGUUAUUUCAUUUCCAAAUAUUAGACCUAUUUAUUUUCACUAAACUGACAUUCCGUUACAAGAUAUGAAUCGUGUUUUAUUUACUUAAUUUAGAGCAUACUUUACGAAUGCAGUGAAGAAAUAUUUUUAUGUAAACCUAGAGUAAAGGGGUAGCUCGCUUUCUUAUGUAAAUAGUUCGUGAUUAAAUUUAAGAUUAAAUGUAAAUUUUACAAUGAAGUAUGACUUUGAUUGUGGCAGAAUCUAUCCACGUCACCCACGGGCCGGACGUGUCUUCACUAGUGGCUUUACUAAUGAACCUUCUCUAGUCAAUUAAAACACUCAUUUCC